ACCCGAGCUACGCCUGUCCAACACAAAUACUGAUGCAAACGGCGUUAGAACCAUUGUUCCUUCCAAGGACAUAUGAGUUAUAUGCCGUCAAGCCGACCAAACAAAAGUCUCCUAUAUUUUCUUGAUAAAGAUUGUCGUACCUUUUUCGAUCACCUAUGUGGAUUUGUCUUUACUUAGGUCAUUCCUUAUUGUUGUAUGCACUUUCUUUCUGAAGGGUUGAUUAUUUUUGUUAAUCUAUGUUUUAAGUUCGUAGUAUUUAGAAGCCUUACUCUUGAUAAGACGGUCAGCGCCAUAUGGUGAAUUCGUCAUAAUAAAUAAAUAAAGCGUUAAUAAAAAAAAAAAAAAAUUAUCCAUAUUCACUACUUUUAACGUAUUUGAUUUCUAUUACAUUACUCUUUUUGUUUAUUUUUUGUCAUCCAAGAUUAGAAUUUCGAUUCUCACGACGGUGGAUGUAGGUAUCAAAUUAAGAUUACAGCAACACCUAAAUCCAUAUCCUCAUUCUACAUCGUUCUGUGAUCUCUGAAAAGUCUAAUUCUAGUUACAAGAAGGGUGCGAAUGUGGUUGCAGUGUUGCUCUGAUCUUAACCCGCAUCCACAUCCCACCCUUUGCCUCGUCGGAUCUUAAACGAUUUAUUUUUCAUGUUCAUAUUUCACGUGUCGAUCGUGUUCCGCUAGAAAUAGAUAUUGAUUCAUCAUCUUCAUCAUGAUAUCCUAUUUUAAGUGGAAUUAUUUUAAAUAUUUUUAUUUGAAUAUUUUCUGCGGAGAAUUUCUAUACUCUUUGAUGAUGGCGACCAAAUUCACUAUGCGUCGAGUUAUUUUCUCAACAUUGAUUCUUUUAUUUUUAUUUACAAUUCGAUCUAUUAUAAAUAUAAUUAUUGCUAAAAAUCGAAACGGUCUUUCAAUAUCAAUACUUGUUGAACGAUAAUUUUUUGUACCAUCAUUAUCAUUGGGAGAAGGACUUAUUACAAUUACAUUGGAUUCCUAAUGUCUAAUUUUGAAUAAAAUAAAAUCUAACUUUGUCCAUGUCAUUUUUCAAAGAUGAUAACAACGAUUUUUUUUCUUAUCAAUAUCGUUAUCAUUGUCCUCAUAUUAUAUAACGACAUAUACUAUACGAACUCGUCAGUAGUUCGAGAUGUUGACUGUUGUUUCUUUGUUGUUUUGUUUCUUACUUUCAAAUACACUUUCUCAGAUCAUUCCAUUGCGAUUUGAUCGAACCAUUCAUCGAUUACAUCAAUAUCGACACUUUUCGUCUAUAAAUCUAAUUGAUCAUGUACCAAACAAUUUUACUCUUGAACAAAUGUUUAACUACAUGUAUUUUUCUAAUAACCAAACAACUCAAUGUGAACAAGAUUUUAAAAUCCUUCUUCAAGCAGCAUUAAAACAUGAUACAUGGGCAUUGAAAGUAUUCGAUGCUUGGGGAAAACCAUUACCAUCUAGUCUAUUGAAAGGAAAUUUAUAUUGGGUUGGUAAUUAUGAUGAAUGUUUACAAUCAAUGUAUUUACCCAAUAACAAAACAUUUCUAUCGCAACCAUUUGAUACACAACAUUGCACUAUUGCACCGAAAACAUCUGCACUAAUUCCAACUCCAACGCUUUCUCUUAUUCUUGGUAUUUGUGUUCCAUCAUCAUGUAAUCGACAAGCAGUUGUUUCUUUGAUUCAUACACUAUUCAAGAAAAGUAAUAUUACAGAAGAUAAUGUUGUUUGUUCAAAUGAUCCUCCUAAUGGACAAAAAAGUCUUACUCAUGGAGCAAUUGCAACUAUUGUUAUUCUCUCAAUUUUGGGUUUACUUGUUUUGAUAGGAACAGUCAUUGAUCUUAUUCUUAUGUCGAGAGAUGAUAAUAUGCUUUCACAUAUGAAUGGAUAUACUCAUUUCAUCAAUACGGAGACAUCUGAACAAGCAUCAAUAAAAUCAUCACGAUAUUCACUUCAAACAUUGAUCCAUGCUACACCUCAUACAUUAUUCUUAGCUGAAUUUUCUGCUCUAAAAACUCUUCGUCGAAUAUUUACUAUGAAACAGAAGAAUGAUGAGAAUUCAUUUGUAUUUAUCAAUGGUAUUCGAGUAUUAUCUUUAUUUUGGGUUAUUAUUGGUCAUUCAUUAAUCUUUGGUUUUUCAUUUUCAAUUAAUGUAGUAGAUGUACUUAGUUGGACUCGUAAUAUAUUUUUUCAAUUGAUUAUUAGUGGAGUUCUUAGUGUUGAUACAUUCUUUGUUCUUAGUGGUUUCUUAACAGCAGUCUUAUUUGUUCGACAAGUAGAAAAAGAAGGAAAAUUAUCGUUUCGUUUAAUGAUUCUUUAUUAUAUUCAUCGAUAUAUUCGAUUGACACCAACAUUUCUUUUGAUGGUUCUUGUAAGUAUUAAUUUAACACCAUAUUUUGGUCAUGGUCCUAUCUAUCCAAAACAAGAAGGAUUUGAAUCGACUGGUUGUCGAUCUCAAUAUUGGUGGACAUCUAUCCUUUAUGUUGGGAAUUUCAUGAAACCAGAGAAUAUGUGUUUAGCUGUUGCAUGGUAUCUUCAUAAUGACAUGCAGUUUCAUUGGAUUGCACCAUUAUCAUUAAUUCCAUUUGUUCUGAGACGAAAAUCAUUCUCUUUUCUCAUUAUUAUUCUUCUAGUGUUGCUUGGAAGUGGAUCAAUUUUAGGUAUUCUACUUUACUAUCCUCAAAUAUCAUUGGAUGAUAUGAAUGGAUUCGCGAAUACCAAUGGUCCUAACUUCUUCGAAUAUAUCUAUAUAAAACCUUGGUGUCGUAUAUCUCCAUAUGCUGUUGGUGUGUUAAGUGGAUAUUUUGUUAUCAAUGUUGGUCGUCAGUAUCGAAUUAAUAAAUAUAUUAAACAUUUUGUAACAGUAUUAAUGAUUGUGAUUGCAUUAGUUUGUUUAUUUGUGACAUAUCCUGAUUAUAUUCUUGUAUCUGGUCUAAGUCGAUCAGAACUUGUUGCAUAUCAAACAUUAUCACGAACACUUUGGUCAAUUGUUAUUGGAUGGAUUUUGUUUUUAUGUAGUACAAAUCAAGGUGGAAUAGUCAAUAAAAUUCUUUCAUGGCCUAUUUGGUCUCCUUUUGCUAAACUUAAUUAUUCAUGUUAUCUCGUACAUGCUACUAUUAUUAUUAUCAUUUUAUUCAAUCAAACAAUGCCUUUAUAUUAUCAAGGACAUCUUGUUGUCAAUAAUUUUGUUUCACAUAUAUUUUUUAGUUAUGCUGCAGCAAUUCUAGUGACUAUGUUUUUUGAAACACCUUUUUUUAUUAUUGAAAAGAAACUUUUCAAACGAUAA